AUGAAAACGUGUGUGUUGCGAUUGUAUGGUGUUUGUCUUACAUCACAAUCAGUUCGAACAAAAGUCCGUGCUAAAAGCCAGCGAGUCACAUCCUCAGCAACUGUAGUGGUGAAAAAUGAUGGGCGAAAGUUUGCGGUAUGUGAUAGUUUUGUGGAAUUUAUGAUCCGCAAGCAUCAAGAGGAGUUGCAGCGAUUGUCCAUGCUUAUUAGGGAAGAGGCAAUUCAACGAUACAACAGCUACUUGCAGACUCUCCAAUAUCGAAGCAAUAUCGUUACGGGUUUACGUCGAAUCUUGGCGCGUAACCGUGGUCAGUAUCUUGUACCCGUAGGUUCAACUGCUUCAGGACUUGCUAGUGGUGUAUCAGAUAUCGAUUUAGUUUAUUUAUCAACGAUUGAUGAAAAACAACGCGAAAAACUAUUGCAGUCACUUAGUAAGGAAAAUUUUAGGCGAACAUUUAUGACGGAAGUGAAAAGUAGAAUCGAAGAGUCCUCUCUGUGUAAGGAGUUCGAUUGGUCUCAGACAGAUAUUAUUCAUGCAGCCCGGGUACCAAUUCUUCAUUUACAAACGCAGAAACAUAUGCAUGUUGAUAUUCAAUUCGAAAAAUAUGCAUCAAUUAGAAAUACCUACUUUGUCCGAUAUUGUGCUCAGUAUGACGAGCGGGUAGCUUUGCUGAACAUGUGGGCGCAAAAAUGGCUUGAAUCGCAACGAUUGAAAGAUAGCAAGCAUGGCUUAUUUUCCACUUAUCAUGUAUUGAUGUUGGUUCUACAUUUCUUGCAGUGCACUGGUUCUUAUGGUAUUCAACCGGUUCUACCAGUUAUGUGUAAAAAGUUCAAAGGUAACUUGAGGCCCAACUUACCAAUCCAGCGGAUAGCGGUAUCUUUAUAUGGAAGACCUAAGGAUCUGGACUUCAAAGAAAGACAAGAACCAGAUGUAGCUGAAUUAAUAUUGUUGUUUGUUAGUCAUUAUGCAAAAUAUGAUUUCAACCAUACCAGUUUUCAUUUAAGCAAUGCUACUGUUACUGAAAAGAACCAAUUCGGUUAUGAAUAUGAGCAACAUCAAGUUUCGAUAUUCGAUCCAUAUGCGUCAACCACAAUUUGUCGUGUUAAAGGAGGAGCUGAUUUAUUAACAAAUGCUUUUCAAACUACAAAAAGAGCUAUGCUUGCUGGCCAUUGUCUUACUUGGCCGGUAUCUAUGAAAUAG